AUGAAAAUAGCCAAUGACUUCGUGAAAAGUAAUUAUCUCAACGAACUGCUUGAAGGACAAGGCGAUAACUUUGGUUCAAAGCUUACAAUAAAUAUGGAUUAUCUAACGGCACCGAUUUCUGCGGUUAUUGGCACUGAAGAUUCAAGUAGCACAACUCUCGUCUCAAGUUUACUGAAUGUGGCUGCCAUUCCAACCAUAAGUCCUUUCGCUACCAGCGAAGAGUUGAGCUCACCGUAUUUUAACUCCUUUUUUCGCACCAUUCCACCCGAUGGCCAACAAGCUAAAGCCAUGGUUGACAUAAUAGAGUAUUAUCAGUGGACGUAUAUUGCAGCCGUAGCCAUUGACCAUUCCUACGGACGAUACGGCUUACGCGCGUUGGAACGAGAAGCUUACGACCGAAAGACGUUCUGCAUCGCGUUUUCGGAGUACAUCACACGUUCGGGAUACAAAGGAAAAAUAACAUCAAUCGUGAGAAAACUCAAAGACGCUGAAAACAUUAAAGUGGUCAUCUUAUGGAGCAACUAUGAACCCGCAAAAAGAUUUCUGAAAGAAGCGACAGUGCAGGGGCUUGAAGGACGAACAUUUCUUAUUAGUGAAGCAAUAGCAUUCAUCAGUCCAGACGUUUUGGAAAAAAAUGCUGUCAUACUAAAAGGAGCAAUAGGAAUAAGGCCUUAUCUAUUCACAGACAAUCUGUUUGAGGAUUAUCUUAGGGGAAUCACACUAAAUAAGACCCGAGAAAGCGCCAAUCCGUGGUGGAAGUAG